UUUAUCUCAACAUUUAGGAAACUGGAACGCUUGAAAAAACAGAAGUAUAAUGACUACAACGACUAUUUUGUUGUCCGUAUGCUAUUUUGCGCUUACUUCUGUGCAUGGUAUACGUGGAGAUAUAUACUGUCUGCAAUGUUCUGAUGUAGCUAGUGCACGUGAUUGUUACCAGGUUAAAAAAUGUGGACCACAACAGGUGUGCUAUUCAACCAUGGUGGUUUCAGCAUCCGGCCGUAUUUCCAGGAAAAUGGGUUGUCGAGAUAGAGUACAAUGCAGCAAAACAAUUGUGGGGAAAAGAUCACCCUCCCGAAGUGUGGGGGAUACUCCUAUCUGUGAUGAAUGUUGUGACACUAACAUAUGCCAACCAAAGCUCUGUCAGGACAAAGAUUACGCUACAGACCGCGGACAAAUGUGUUUCAAGUGUCAUGUACGAGCGAAAAAUGAUCCAUGUUUGCAAAUUACUGAGUGUGCUAGGGACGAGGUAUGCUCUACAACGCAUAAAAUAAUGGCAUCAGGAAGUCGUGGGAUACAACAAGGUUGUUUUGGCAAACACGUUUGUGCCGUAGUGUCAACUGCCUCUAACUUUCAUAGAACAAACGACACAUGCUUCAAAUGUUGUGAUACAGACCUGUGUAAUACAGACUGUGGAAACAACUCUGCCUCUUCCAUACAUGUAGCUGGAGCUGGAGCAACUACACAAACUUCUGCUUCCCAUUGCGUUGAUAAAACCAACCAGGCGACCUGUAAGUUGGCAUCGUCUAUUGUCUGUCAAGACAGAAUACAUGCACAGAAUGCGGACUGCAAGCAUUACUGCGGAUUUUGCUGAAUACGUUUGUGACAUAUAAACCAAAUACAAGACACUUUCAAUUUA